AUGGAAAGUAAAGUAACAAGAGGAGAAGAAGAAAAUGGAGAGAGACAGAAAGUGGAGAGAUUGGUGGAAAAGUUGAAGAAUCGUAAUAAUAGUAGAAACAAGGGUCAUCGACCUUCAACACCGGCGCAUGUUAGCUUGCUCCCUAACCUUUUCUCUAAACUCUCACCAUCAAUCGUUUCCUCUAGAAAGCUCGCUGCUGCUUUCUGGGAGUUUCAUCAAUACUACGAAGAUCGCUCCUUCCUCUCUUCUCCUGCUGCUAAAAUGCACCGCGGCGCAAACGAUUUCGCCGGAACUAGUAAUCGCCGACAACGUCACGGCAAGGCGGUGGCGGCGAUUAAGGAGAACGGUCUCGACCUCUCUCAGUUCCUCCGAGAUCCCUCUCCUGAUCAUCAGCCAGAGAGUGCGGGAAGCCUAAGGAGGCAAAUCGGUCAAAUGUUGAUGAAGCAUCAUCAAUCAAUCGAAAGAAACAACCACGCUCUUCAGCCUGUAUCUCCUGCUAGUUACGGAAGCUCUCUCGAGGUUGCGACAUACAACAAAGCAGUAAAGCCAAGUAGCUCAAUGGAUUUCCAUGGAAGACCGUCCAGAGAACCUCACUACAAUCUCAAGACAUCAACCGAGCUUCUCAAGGUAUUGAACCGUAUCUGGAGCCUCGAGGAGCAGCAUGCCGCCAAUAUCUCCUUGAUAAAAGCUCUGAAAACCGAGCUGGCUCAUUCACGUGUUCGAAUCAAAGAGCUUCUUAGGUACCAGCAAGCCGAUAGGCACGAGCUAGAAAGAGUGGUGAAGCAACUCUCUGAGGAGAAACUCUCCAGGAAGAACAAGGAAGCUGAAUGGGUAAGCUCUGCUAGGAAAGAGUUGGAAGAUGAGCGGAAACUUAGAAAACGUUCUGAGAGUUUGCAUAGGAAACUGGCGAGAGAGCUCUCCGAGUUGAAGUCUACGUUGUCUAGCUGCGUCAAGGAGCUUGAGAGAGGGAAUAAGUCGAGGAAGAUGAUGGAGAUGCUCUGCGACGAGUUUGCGAAAGGGAUCAAGAGUUACGAAGAGGAAAUCCACGGUUUAAAGCAGAAGAAUUUGGUAAAGGAAUGGGCGGGUCGUGAAGAAGAAGGAGAUCAUAUGGUUCUUCAUAUCGCGGAAUCUUGGCUUGACGAGAGGAUGCAGAUGAGAUUAGAAGGUGGAGAUGGUAACAGUAGCUCAGUGUUGGAUAAGCUCGAGUCUGAGAUCGAGACAUACCUUCAGGGGAAGCCGAGAAACCGCCGGAGCUCACUUGAAUCCGUCCCGUUGAGUGCACCACCGCGUGAUGUUGACUGUGAGGAAGACUCCGCGGGAAGCGAUUCUAAUUGCUUCGAGCUCAAGAAAGCUCAUGUAAACGAGGCUGAUAAACUUAACCAACAAGAGAACAAAGACAGUUUGUGCGAUGAAAAGCCUAAAGGAAAGAUUGGUAGCCCGUCGAGUUUCCAAGUGAAGUUCGAGGAUCAAAUGGCCUGGAAAUUAAACAAGGAAACUGGAGCCAUCGAAGAAGAAGAAGAUGCAGAGCUAAAGAACAACAAGAGUAACAAACCAGAGGAUGAAACCGAUCAGUGUGCUACUACUACGAACAAGAACGAUGUGAUGGGGGAAAUGAUUCGGACACACAGAAGAUUACUGUCUGAAACUCGUGAAACUGAUGAAGCUUCUUGCAGUUACCCAUCUUCUCGGAGACAAGCGAGUCCAGUUCGACAAUGGACUUCAAGAACCGUAAUACCUGAUCUUAUAGGCUCUUCCGAGCCGUCUGUAAAGUCUUCUGAUAUUGCAAUAGCUCAAGGAGCAAGGGACAACACUUUGAAAACUAGGCUCGCAAAGAGUUCCAAGUCCCGUCUUCGGUUGUUCAAAGGCUAAUUUUGGUGGGAAAUUAGCAAACGAGAGUUCUUGUCUGAUACACACACAGAUUCUUGAGUUUCAUAUUUCAUUUUCUCUGUAAAUCAGACGCAUCUGUAGAUUUGUAUAUCGAUUUCAUUCUACACAUUUUUGGGAACUUGUAA